AUGCAGGCGCGCUACUCCGUGUCCAGCCCCAACUCCCUGGGAGUGGUGCCCUACCUCGGCGGCGAGCAGAGCUACUACCGCGCGGCGGCGGCGGCGGCCGGGGGCGGCUACACCGCCAUGCCGGCCCCUAUGAGCGUGUACUCGCACCCCGCGCACGCUGAACAGUACCCGGGCAGCAUGGCGCGUGCCUACGGGCCUUACACGCCGCAGCCGCAGCCCAAGGACAUGGUGAAGCCGCCCUACAGCUACAUCGCUCUUAUCACCAUGGCCAUCCAGAAUGCCCCGGACAAGAAGAUCACCCUGAAUGGCAUCUACCAGUUUAUCAUGGACCGCUUCCCCUUCUACCGGGACAAUAAACAGGGCUGGCAGAACAGCAUCCGCCACAACCUCUCGCUCAACGAGUGCUUCGUCAAGGUGCCCCGCGACGACAAGAAGCCAGGCAAAGGCAGCUACUGGACGCUGGACCCGGACUCCUACAACAUGUUCGAGAACGGCAGCUUCCUGCGGCGGCGGCGGCGCUUCAAGAAGAAGGACGCGGUGAAGGACAAGGAGGAGAAGGGCCGGCUGCACCUCCAGGAACCGCCGCCGCCGCAGGCCGGCCGCCAGCCCGCGCCCGCGCCCCCGGAGCAGGCCGAGGGCUCCGCUCCCGGGCCGCAGCCGCCGCCCGUGCGCAUCCAGGACAUCAAGACUGAGAACGGUACGUGUCCCUCGCCGCCCCAGCCCCUGUCCCCGGCUGCCGCCCUAGGCAGCGGCAGCGCCGCCGCGGUGCCCAAAAUCGAGAGCCCCGACAGCAGCAGCAGCAGCUUGUCGAGCGGGAGCAGCCCCCCGGGCAGCCUGCCGUCGGCGCGGCCGCUCAGCCUGGACACUGCGGAACCCGCGCCGCCUCCACAGCCCGCGCCGCCGCCGCAUCACAGCCAGGGCUUCAGCGUGGACAACAUCAUGACGUCGCUGCGGGGGUCGCCCCAGGGCUCGGCCGCGGAGCUAGGCUCAGGCCUCCUGGCCUCGGCGGCCGCGUCCUCGCGCGCCGCCGGCAUCGCGCCCCCGUUGGCGCUGGGUGCCUACUCGCCCGGCCAGAGCUCCCUCUACAGCUCCCCCUGCAGCCAGAGCUCCAGUGCGGGCAGCUCGGGAGGCGGCGGGGGCGGCGGCGGGGGCAGCGCGGGGGGCACGGGGGGCGCAGGCACCUACCACUGCAACCUGCAGGCCAUGAGCCUGUACGCGGCGGGCGAGCGCGGCGGCCACUUGCAGGGCCCGCCCGGAGGCGCCGGCAGCGCGGCCGUAGAUGACCCCCUGCCUGACUACUCGCUGCCCCCAGUCACCAGCAGCAGCACUUCGUCCCUGAGUCACGGAGGGGGCGGCCAGGAGGCCAGCCACCAUCCAGCGGCCCACCAAGGCCGGCUCACCUCGUGGUACCUGAACCAGGCAGGUGGAGACCUGGGCCAUUUGGCGAGCGCAGCGGCGGCCGCGGCGGCCGCGGGCUAUCCCGGGCAGCAGCAGAACUUCCACUCGGUGCGUGAGAUGUUCGAGUCGCAGCGGAUAGGCUUGAACAACUCUCCGGUGAAUGGGAAUAGUAGCUGUCAGAUGGCUUUUCCUGCCAGCCAGUCUCUGUACCGCACGUCGGGGGCUUUCGUCUAUGACUGUAGCAAAUUCUGACCCCCAUCCCCGGAACUCUCAGAGCCGAACGGAAUGGAACCCCAGAGCAGGAACAGUGAAAGAACCCAGCAAUGCAAAAUCGAAACUAAAAACAUACAAAUUUUAAAACUUGAGAAAAUUCAUCACACCAGCGAACAGAAUCUCUCCCGAAAUUCAACUCACCAGCAUCAGCUCAAAG